GUAGUGGCACCAGAGAGAUUCCACCUCCUACGGCAAGUCGGAGGCAGCAAGAUGGCGGCUGCUGAGGAAGGUUGCGAUUUUGGGGUGGAAGCGGACCGGGAACUGGAGGAGCUUCUGGAAAGUGCUCUUGAUGAUUUCGAUAAAGCCAAACCCUCCCCAGCACCCCCUCCUACCACUUCGGCCCCCGAUGCUUCAGGGCCCCAGAAGAGAUCGCCAGGAGACACUGCCAAAGAUGCUCUCUUCGCCUCCCAAGAGAAAUUUUUCCAGGAACUGUUUGACAGUGAGCUGGCUUCCCAAGCUACUGCAGAGUUUGAGAAGGCAAUGAAGGAGCUGGCUGAAGAAGAGCCGCACCUGGUGGAACAGUUCCAGAAGCUCUCAGAGGCAGCUGGGAGAGUGGGCAGUGAUGCAAACUCUCAACAAGAAUUUACUUCUUGCCUAAAGGAGACAUUAAGUGGGCUAGCCAAAAAUGCCACAGAUCUUCAGAACUCGGGCAUGUCUGAAGAGGAACUGACCAAAGCCAUGGAAGGGCUGGGCAUGGAUGAGGGUGAUGGGGAAGGGAACAUUCUUCCCAUCAUGCAGAGCAUCAUGCAGAACCUACUGUCUAAGGAUGUACUGUACCCAUCCCUGAAGGAGAUCACCGAAAAGUAUCCAGAAUGGUUGCAGAGUCACCAGGAGUCUCUUCCUCCAGAGCAGUUUGAAAAGUAUCAGGAGCAGCACAGUGUCAUGGGCAAAAUCUGUGAGCAGUUGGAGGCAGAGACACCCGCAGACAGUGAGGCCACUCACAGGGCCCGUUUUGAGGCCGUGCUAGAUCUUAUGCAGCAGUUACAAGACUUGGGCCAUCCUCCAAAAGAGCUAGCUGGGGAGAUGCCUCCUGGCCUCAACUUUGACCUGGAUACCCUCAAUCUAUCGGGCCCACCAGGUGCCAAUGGCGAACAAUGUCUGAUCAUGUGAAACACAACAUGUUUUCCUCCCUGAGUCCCAGCCAUGGGGAACAUCUGGAGUCAGCAGAAUCACUGGGAAACUGAGGCAAGAGCAUCGUCUCUGGGAGCUGGCUGCCCCACACUCUACAUCCCAUUCAAGACUGUGCCAUACCGGCUGAGGACCUGUUCUGUAGGCCGUUUCCAUGAGUCCUCCUCCAUUAUGGUUUCUGCUGUUAGAAACAGGCCAAUUAUUUGCCAGGUGAAGGAAGGCAUCCCUUUUGGGGCAUUUUACUUCUUCCCGCUCCCCAAAAUAAUGUUAUAUAUGGCUGUACUCAUGUUCCCCUUUAUUCCCAGUGUCUCUGUGCCUUGUUUAUACUCCCUCUCUUGGAUCUGGGGAGCAGGAGCUGAGUCUUUGGACUCUGUGUUUCUGUUAGGCAGGGCCUCUGGGAAUGAGGAGAAAUGCAGCCUGGGGCUGCAGGCCUGUCACCACAUCUCCUUGACUUCAUUUUGAAUUCUCUGAAGGGAAAGGAAUUUGCACUUAUUCGUUGUCAGGUUGGAAGCGAAGCCUUGGGCUUCUCCUGUACCUAGGUGCUGCCCCUAGUUCCUCUUUUCUCCUGAGAACUUAGUUGCUACCCUGGCUCUUCCUACAGCUGUGAUUUGGGGGAACCCCGCUCUUGACCUUCCUUUGCCCCCUGACUAUCCCCUUACCUCCCCUUUUUUUUAGAUUCUUAUUUAUUCCAGCCCCUUUUAACAAUGCUGUGAUAGAUGACGGCCAAUCUCGUUUCCUUUCAUCUAGUGCCUGUACCAUGCUCACUAGACCCUUCCCUUCUUCCCUGGCCAACACGUGAUUGUAAAGUCAGAACUGUAAAUGAGUGGCCAUUCUACCCACAUAAAUUCUGGCUUAUUUGAGACAUCAGAUUUUCCUAUAGAAUCCUUGGUUCAGGAAGGUGCUUGGGAAAGGGGUGUAGCCUGAGUCUUUUUUUCCUGCAAGCCCCAUGGGGCAGUAAUAAUAAAUAUUCUGAGCGAGUAUGUGGGUUAUUUUUCAUCCAGGUCUGUUUCUAAUCUUUCUCAUCUUCUGUAAGCUGCAGAGUAUAGUUUUGUAUAAUGUUAUGUUAGGCUGUACCUUGACCCAGCCCCCCAGCUCAGGCUGCACUUCUUUGGCAAAAUGAUACUGUUCAUCUCCCUGGUAUUUCAGUUUUAACUUUUUAUAUUAUAAUUGGUGUUAGUGAUAUACUGUUAACAUGUUUUCUAGAUCACCUAACUUUGAAUUGACCUUCUCAGUGGGUCUAAGGACCAUCCAUGGCUGCCAUAUAUAUUUUAUAGAUAUUCUCUUUGGCCCACCUACCUGUCCUGGUUCAUUUGGAAAAUAACUUUUUAAAAGUAUGUUUAUUUUGGAAUUUUAUACAUGUAUAGAAUGUAUUCUGAUCAUAACCACCCCCUCUGGAAAAUAACUUUUUCAAGAACAAAUCCACAUUUAUCAUUUGAGUCUUCAAGCUCAUAAACACAUCAUUUCCCCCUGGUUAAACUCACCCUUAAAGAUGCUACACAUUCUAUGGAAAGAAAUGUGCUUGAGAUCUCAGGCUGUGGAGACUAUACAGCUGUCGCAGCUCAUCGAACAGAAGACAGGGUCUGAAUUUGAGAUCCCUUCAUGCUCAGAGAAAGGGAAGUACAAGCUGAUUUGUGAUGAUGAAUGGGGUCUAAAUUGCCAAUAUUUUAUCGAUGCUCCUGGCAAAAGCUUGCCAAGGACAGGUGAGACAGAAUGACCUGCCCUUGGAAUUGUGCUCAGUGCAUGCUAGCUGUCCUUUAUUCUCAUUUUUGGUGAUGAUGCCACAAUCUACCAUGGCUUGAUUUUCAAGACUUUUUUUCAUUUUUAUUUUGCUUGAACAUGAACAAGUCAACCUUUGAUUGAUCUCUUUCUAAAUACCAUUUGAAAUUCUCUGGGACUUAUAGCUGAAUAAAACCUGGUACCCUGGGGCUGGAGAAAUGGCUCAGUGGUUAAGAGCACUGUCAACUCUUUCAGGGGACCUGAGUUCAAUUCCCAGCACCCACAUGGCAGCUGUCUGUAACACCAAUUCCAAGGGAUCUGACACCCUCAAACUAAUGCAUAUAAAAUAAAAAUUUAAAAACAAACAAAAAACUGGUGCACUCGCAGGGUCCUCCUCAAAUGAUGUGUGGUAAAGCAUCAGAGUUUUUGUCUUUAAACAUCCAGAACCUCAGGCAUCAGUAUGUGGAUCUAUUUACUGCUCAUGACAGGUAUGCAGUUGAGACUAUAUACAACCUGUCAUGUAAAUUUGAAAAUACCUAAACUGUCUAGAGAUGUGGGCUUAACUGAAUUUUACAGCAAUAUCAAACACUAACGUUUUUAGACACUGUAUUUCUGAUUCCUACUGUCACAAGUUGAUACAGUGAUUAAAACAAAACCUUCAUGGGAAUAA